AUGCAGCUCUCGGCGGACAGCAGGAAGAAGAAGCGGCGGCGGCGGCGGAACCUGCCAGCAUGGUCCUGCAGAUCUGCUGCCGGCGCCGCUCAAGGUCUGUCUCAGUGCUGCUGCUGCUCUAGCCCCGGUGGCGGCCUCGUGACAACAAUCCCGUGCGCAUUCUCUCGCUGCUCCGGCGGCGCCGCCUCGUCUGCCGCCUGCGCGCCGGCAGCGGCGGCCGUCCGUAUCGGCACCCAGCAGCACAAGCUGACGAUGCUGCUCAUUGCACUCGCGCUCCUCCUCGUCCUCCCUCCUCCUCCAGCUCCAUUUCUCGUGGCAGGGGUCUCGGUGUCGCCCCGGAGGAUGGCGAGGAUCCAGAGCCAUCUGGACAGGAUCAACAAGACCCCCGUGCGCUCCAUCCGGAGCGCGGACGGCGACACCAUCGACUGCGUGGCGGCGCACGAGCAGCACGGCCUGGACCAUCCGCUCCUCAGGACGCACACCGUCCAGACGGAGCCGCCCGAGGCGCCCAUGCCGAGGGGCGGCGGCGGAUUCGUCGUACCAACCGCGGCUGGCGGUGGCGCUGCGACGACGGCGACGGCGACGAACGGAAGCAGAAGCAGCAGCAGCAGGAACAACGACAGGCAUGGCGCGUGGCAGGCGUGGCACCACGGCGGGCACUGCCCCAGGGGCACGGUGGCCAUCCGGCGGACCACCGCCGAGGACGUGCUGCGCGCCAGGUCCAUCUCCCGCUUCAGCCGCAAGAGGAGGAGUCACGGGAACGCGGCGGCCGUCGCCGCCGCACGCGCGGCCAACGCGCCGGACGUCAUCACCGGCAAUGGCCACGAGCACGCGAUCGCGUACACGGCGCCUUCGCAGCAGCAGGUGUACGGUGCCAAGGCCACCAUCAACGUGUGGGAUCCGGUCAUCCAGGAGUCCAACGGCUUCAGCCUCUCCCAGCUCUGGAUCCUCUCCGGCUCCUUCAACGGCUCCGACCUCAACAGCAUCGAAGCAGGAUGGCAGGUCAGCCCUGAGCUGUACGGGGACAGCAGGCCGAGGCUCUUCACGUACUGGACAAGCGACGCGUACGAGGCUACUGGUUGCUACAACGCGCUGUGCCCGGGGUUCGUGCAGACGAGCUCCCGCAUCGCCAUCGGCGCGUCCAUCUCGCCGGUGUCAUCGGCCGGCGGCGCGCAGUACGACAUGACGCUGCUGAUCUGGAAGGACCCGAAGCUGGGCAACUGGUGGCUCAGCUACGGGGACCAGCUGGUGGGGUACUGGCCGGCGCAGCUGUUCACGCACCUGUCGGACCACGCCACCAUGGUGGAGUGGGGCGGCGAGGUGGUGGACACCAGGCCCGGCGGGGUGCACACCGCCACGCAGAUGGGGUCCGGGCGCUUCGCCGGCGAGGGGUUCGGCCGGGCCAGCUACUUCCGCAAUCUGGAGACGGUGGACGCCGACAACAGCCUGGCCGAGGUGGCGCUGGACGCCAUCCAGACGCUGGCCGAGAACCCCGCCUGCUACGACAUACGCAAGGCCUACGACGACGACGGCCAGCACUCCGCCCGCGGGGGAUGGGGAACCCACUUCUACUACGGUGGCCCGGGACACAACCCGGCGUGCCCCUGA